GAUAACUCAUUAACGACCGUUUAAAAAAAAUGUAGUGGUAAAGAAACACGUUCAACCCUGAUUUGGUUGUUCUUGUCCUCUGGGUACAGUGCGCAGCUUGGUUGCCAGUGCACGAUGAAGCUCCCGUGUUUGCUACUUGUUUGUUGCGUGUGGAGCGGGGUUGUCCCUCUGAGUAUUGCACAAAAGUUUGUUUCGAAAUGGAUCAGCGAGAAGGAACAUCGUAGCACUUCUUCGGGAUACGAGGAGACGUGGCAGAGAGAUUCGGGAUCCUUCGCUCGAUCCAACAACGAAACGAAGGCUAAGAAACGGGUGGUGCUACCUGAAGCAGGCAUCCCUUUCUACGUGACCCCGUUCCCGCACAAAAUGCUCAGCCCCCGCGAAAGUGAUGGAGACACACACGCAACCCUGCCUCCUGAGAUCAAACGCAUCAUGAGCCUGGGUAGCGUGGACAAGUCGCCUACAACCCCGGCCGUCUCCGAUGUUGCUGUCCUGUGCGGCGAAAGUCACAUGGUGGUGAAAGUUAAGAAGAGGUUCUUUGGUUUUGGCUGCACGGCAUCGCAAUUGAGCCUGGGGUACAACUACGAAUGCCAAAGCAACGGAGUAGACCGAAAAACCGGGGACAUUGUGUUCACGUACAGCCAGUCUGCGUGUGGAAGCAAGCGUUCGAUGCCCGACGGAUUAGUAGUAUACCAAAAUAUCCUUCGCUAUGUUCCCAAUAGAAGAAGAAGCUCAAUUCGAAGGACCCAUCCGCUCAAUAUAGAAAUUGAGUGCCGGUAUCCGAGGUUCCACCACCUCUACAAGCUUGUGUUUCGCCCCACCUGGAAUCCUCCUGCUGGUAUCAGGACUCUGAAGCAGUCUGGCUUUGACUUGAUCCCAAUGAACAGUGCCUGGACUAAAGGUUCUUUGAGCAACGUGUACCAACUUGGUCAGGUCAUAAACUUCCAGGCGAGGGGAUAUCCUCGUAAACCAGGGCAGAAGAUUUUCGUUCACUCCUGUCAUGCAACUGCUUCUCCAGAUUCUAAUUCAACCCCCCAAUACAAUGUGAUUGACAACUAUGGAUGCAUGGUGGACAGCAAAAUUGAAGCCUCCAACUCUUCAUUUGUCCCACCGAGAACUCGUGACACAAUCAACUUUGUCGUUGAUGCUUUCCAGUUUAACGUGAAGCCCUCUUCCAAGAUCUACCUUCACUGCAUCUUAUUUCUUGCAAACAGCCCACAAGUGACACCAGGUGCCAAGUCUUGCACCUACAACAGAAUAAAAAAAAGGUGGGAAGAACUUGAAGGUUUCAACAGCGUCUGUACCUGCUGCAAUUCAAAGUGUGUGGGUGGAGCACUCGAGUCCCUGUCUGAAGAUCUUAAAAGUAGUGGUCCAUUACUGUUCGUGGGCAAUGAGGUUGAAGACCCUCUUACUGAAAAGCAGUCCAGCUUUAGCCAAAGUUCCCCUCUACUGGAUGACAGUGAAACGGUGAGCUCCUCUUCAUCAGAUCCAGAUGAUCAGAUUACCUGGGUUAAUGCAGUGGAGACUGCAGAGAACAUGACAGAUCAUGCCUUGGCAGAGGAGCAGGGCAAGUCUAGCCACAUUGAUACGGAGAGGCGAGAGGUUGAAAUGUAUCGUGAAGCUCAUUCUGUCCCAGCUAACAAACCUGGUGCACCUGAAGAGCCUUCCGAGGAAGCGGCUGACCACUCUGAAUGGGAUGACCAGGAGGAUGCUGACUGGGAUGAGUAUGAUGAAGAGGUUCCACAGGGGGAGAAGUAUAAAGGUGUUCUACAGUCGGAACACCAUGAAACUGGCCAGUGGGAAAACUUUAAUCGGGACUUUGAUGUAGCAGUGGCACAACCUGAAGGGGAUCUGGAUGCAGCAACUGUUCAAAUUGAAAGGACCCGAGGACCUGGAUGGGUGAAAGGUUCAGGCACAGGUCAGAGCGAGGGAGCAGCCCCAUCUGAGGAAGCUGAACAGCACGAAUGGCUUGUGACUGAAGGAACUGAGCAGGGCGCGAGAGCUGAUGAACGGGUGUGGGACUAUGCGGAGGGAACCGAAUCUGAUGAGGAUUACCAUGAUACGAUGGAUGAUGCUGAUCUCCAAUCGGACAGUGUGGACCCCAUGGAAUGGUCUGAACAGAGAGACCUACAUGAUUGGGACGGAUAUGAAGGUUAUAGCCCCUCUGGCUGGGAUGAGGGUGAAGGACUAGAACAGUCUAAAGGGGGUCUAGAAAAUGGAAGUGCUGAUGAGAAUCAAAGUAAUGUGACAAUCCUACCUGAAGAGAUUCAAAGUAAUAGAACUUCACUGCCUGAGGCCCAUACUGAGGGAGACAACUACUCUGAAUGGGGUGCGUCUGCGGGAGCUGUCCAGGAUGCUGAGAGAGCUGGUGGGUUUGGGGUUCCCCCUGGCCACACUAUGGCAGAGCAUGAUGCCCCUGACCAGCUGAAAGCCAGGAUGAGGAAGAACCCUGCCCAAGGCACCUGGGGAAAGAUGCAGCCUGAUUACUAGAAGGAAAGACCCCUGGAAGAAUAACCUGGCACCUCAUUUGGAUAGCUGAAGGAAUUAUUGGCUACACAAGCUUGAAGUUAACUUAUUAAACUGUUGUAACCUGAGAACUUUGUUGUAAAUAAAUCUAUUUGCAAAGAGAAUUGUCUUCUGCAUGGUUAUUAAAACUAACCCUUUGGAGGUUUAUCUUUGGGGUUGGAUUGCUAAAUGUAAUGUGUAAGAGGGGUCUGGUAAAGGCC